AUGUGGCGCCGCGUCCACCGCUCGCCUGCGCGCAUGUUGCGGGACACCAGGACACCAGGACACCGCGGACACGGAAGACGGGAGAACCGCGUCCCUGGCGUCCUCGCCGCUGCGCCGGGUGUCCCCACCGGCCCCGGGAGCGCGCCGCACACCCUGCUCGAGCGCAUCGCACACCCCGGCUCGCGCGCAUCGCAGCCCUUGCCCGCGGGUCGACGUACGGCUGCCGCGGAGAGAGGAGAGACGCGCGCGCGCACACACACACACAUACACACACCGCGGACGGAUCUGGGACGGGCACCACGAGGCUCGCAGCCGCACGUCGCGCCCGAACUGCGCCACCGGCUCAUCUCCCUGCUCCUUGCGCACAGGCCAAAAAGCAAAAAAGGCAAAAAAGGCCAAGAGAAGGAGCAGGCGCAGGCGCGCCCGCAUCGCACCAUGUGA